UUAGUGGGCGGGGCUUGGCGUGUUGCUGCGUGAACAUGGCGGAGGUUCGAGCUCGCGCUCGCGCUCAGGUGAGAGUAGAGGAGAGAAACACACCUGUACUCUCCUCACAGCACAGAUUAUUCCUCAGAUUAUUCGCCGCCGGGUUUUACGGCCUCAGCUCGGUCCUCAUCGUGGUGCUGAAUAAAAGCGUCCUGACCAGCUACAGAUUUCCGUCGUCGUUAUGUGUGGGGAUCGGACAGAUGUUGGCGACGGUGUGCGUGUUGUGGGCGGGGAAAACCCUGAGUCUCAUCCACUUUCCGGACAUGGACAGAAACAUUCCAAGCAAGACAUUCCCUCUCCCCCUCCUGUAUGUAGGUAAUCAGCUAACCGGCCUCGUGGGAACUAAGCAAGUCAAUUUGCCAAUGUUCACUGUGCUCAGGAGAUUCUCCAUUCUGUUCACCAUGUUGGCAGAGAGCUAUCUGCUCAGGAGGACGUUUGCGUGGAGUGUACAUCUGACAGUAUUCACUAUGAUCUUAGGAGCGUUUAUCGCUGCCAGUACAGAUUUGACCUUUGACCUCCAAGGCUACACAUCCAUCACUAUCAAUAACGUAUUAACUGCAGCUAACGGUGCUUUCAUGAAGAAGAAACUCGACUCCAAGGAGCUGGGGGAGUAUGGCCUGCUGUAUUAUAACGCUUUAUUCAUGAUCAUACCCACUGUGUGUGUAGCCUACUACACUGGAGACCUGCAACAAGCUGCGGGUUUCGAUGGCUGGACUGAUUUAUUCUUUCUCACUCAGUUUAUUCUCUCCUGUGUAAUGGGGUUCGUCCUCAUGUACUCCAUUGUCUUGUGCACACACUACAACUCUGCCCUGACCACCACCAUCAUCGGCUGUCUGAAGAACAUCAUGGUAGCGUAUGUGGGGAUGGUGUUUGGUGGUGAUUACGUCUUCACCUGGUUGAACUUCAUCGGCUUAAACAUCAGCAUCGCCGGGAGCCUCGCCUACUCCUACAUCACCUUCACUCAGGAGGGCGCCAAGAGUUCCUGAUGAAGAGGACGGAUGAGUGUGAGAACCAUGAAGCUGCUGUGUGUGUGUCAGUGUUUUACUUUAUAAUGAAAUGAAAUGUGACAGUUUUUAAUGAAGCCUUAAAGAUUUUGUCUUCACAUUUCAUACGUUAAUUAUGUAAAAUCAAUUUUUUGUCAGAUUUUAUAAGUAUUGUUUUGUAAUUUGUUUUGUAAUUAAUGAUUAAUAAUGCAGUUAUAAAGUAAAGGACAUCACCUCUAUGAA